AUUUGUUCGUUUAAACGGAUUCUUUUAUGUGAAAGACAGUUUUAAUUGUCUCUAUUAUGGACGGCUUAAUAUAUAUCAGUGGUCAGGACAUGAGUGUUAUCAGUUAAGAUCGAUGGAUUAAGGCAAUGACAUGGCCGCCCAGCUGGCCGUUGUGAUUGCGUGUUCCGCUCUUGGCACCCUGGCGCUAGCGGGGCUGCUGUUGGCCGUUUGGCGGUUGUGUGUGGUACGCGCCGCCCGUCGCCGCUCCUCCAGCUACGAACAAAUUGUUGCCGAUCACCGUAAGCACUCCAAGGUCGACAUAGGAUGUCUUCCCGACGGCAUCACUGCUAUGAAACAGAUCCCGUUCAUGGUUCCCCAGCACAGCUGUUCCACACCGCCUGCAGCCCGCCACUCGCGUUCAGAGGAGGACAGUUAUGCAUCCGAGCCUUCAUCUCCAAUGUCAAAACGGCCGUCCGUGGAAAUACCGGGUGCCUACGCCCUAGGAUCAAUAGAUCCCAGCCUUUACCGAAUAGCAGACGAAGACGACGACUACGACAUCCCUCAGGACCAUCUGGGUCGUGCCUGGUUCGCAGUUCAGUAUGAAAGGGAGACAGAGAAGCUACUCGUCACAUUGAUCAAAGCCAAGAAUCUCCCUUCAAAGGCGUGUGCCGCGUCAAACGGAUGUGAUCCAUUUGUCAGAAUAUACUUGAUGCCCGAUGAAAGAAGAUAUCUGCAAAGUAAAUUCAAGAAAAAAACUUGCAACCCGAAGUUUGAAGAAAGUUACGUUUUCCAGGUUUCUAGUCGAAGUUUUGCGGAUCGUGUGUUGAAAUUUACGGUGUACGAUGUUGACCGUCAGAAGAAGCAUCACGUGAUUGGUCAUGCCCUGUAUCCGCUAAAAGACCACGAAUGUGAGGGAAAUGAAAGGCUAGUCAUAUGGAGGGACCUCGAAAGUGAGGUCUUAGAGACGACACAGGACCAGAAGGGAGAGAUAAUGGUGUCAUUGAGUUAUAACAACCACCUGGAGAGGGUCACUGUCGGUGUCUAUGAGGGACGAUCAUUUACAUGUAAUGGAAAUGCCCCGAUUGAUUCCUAUGUCAAAGUGCAUCUCAUGGUACAAAACAAGCUCGUCAAGGGCAAGAAAACAGAAAUCAUAAAAAAGAACAGCAACCCUGUUUUCAAUGAAUCGUUCACCUUCAAGCUUCCAGUUGUCUCCCUUGACACGGCAAACAUCACCAUCACCGCUAUGCAACACCAGACGGGAUACAAAGAUAAGAUGAUCGGCAAGGUGACUAUUGGCUCGUUCAUGUUCGCAAGGGGAAAGGAACUUCAGCAUUGGAAUGAGAUGGUGGCAAACCAAAAGGAACAAGUUGUUAACUGGCAUACUUUAGUCUCGUGAAAAUAAACUAUGCUCGUUUUGGAUUUUUUUACCAAAUUCAUAGUGACAUUCCGCCAGAAACAUGUCUGUAUGGUUUUGUUUUGCCGAUGAGUGUCUAUAUUUGUGUUAAAUGUUCAAUCCUGUUCUUGCAUCUGCAUAUACAAAUCUACUCGUACACGCGAUUAUUUAUAAAAAUCCUUUUGUAAUAACCAGGCAACUAAGUCCGAUUUUAGUCUCUCUAUUUAAUAGUGAACUUGCUCUAUUCAAUAGUGAGCUUGCUCGAUUCAACAGAGAGCUAGCUCUAUUCAAUAUUGAACUUGCUAUCUGUAUUGAAUAUGCUCUAUAUCAAUAGUGAACAUGCUCUAACCAACAAAGAGUUUACUUUAUUCAAUGGUGAACUUGCUCGAUCAAAAUUGAAUUUCUCUAUUUAAUAGGGAACUUGCAAUAUGAAAAUGUGAACUUACCCUAUAUGAUUGUAAUUUUCGUCUGUACAACAGUCUAUUUGCUCUAUUCAAUAGUGCGCGUGCAGUAUUCAAUAGUGCUCCAUUCGAAAUUGAACUUGCUCUUCCAUUCCACUUACGAUUAUUACUUUUCAAACUAACAUUUAACCUAUUUUACUUUUUUACAGAGUUAUCUAUAUUUCAACAUAAAAUGUAAUUUUCCAGUUUUACAUAUUUCUGACACAAAAUCAGCUAUUAUGCUUGACAGAACUUGGUGAAAUAGUAUGUAUCAGCCUGUUUUAAGUAUCAAUAUAACACGUGUGUGUAUGCUUUGCCUUAUAAUUUUAAACGUAUUACGUCAUCAUUUUUGCUUAAAAUUAAGGGCAAUAAAGAAGCAAGUAAUCGUUAAACGCAAUUUGUAUUGUUACAAUAUCAGUUGUUUAUUAUUUGUCCUGACAAUUAAAGCUCGGGACCCCAAUUC